AUCCCUGCCUCCUGUAAUCCGUGCGUGUCAGAGAACGGGCAGACGCAGCAGAAGCGCUCAAGUUCCCUGUCACGUCCAGAAGGCUGAAACAGAAACGUAUCCGAGCCCGUUCCUCUCCGCAGCACUCCUCCAACCCGACCGGAAGUACGCUGUGGCCCGCCGCGCUGACAGCAGUCCUGACACGCUUGCGGCUCGUGGAAUUCGGAACACCUGACCAUGGCUUCAACCACCUGCACCAGGUUCACCGAUGAUUACCAGCUGUAUGAGGAGCUGGGCAAGGGUGCUUUCUCUGUGGUGAGGAGGUGUAUGAAGAUUUCCUCGGGACAGGAGUAUGCAGCAAAAAUAAUCAACACCAAGAAACUGUCUGCUCGGGAUCACCAGAAGCUGGAACGGGAAGCCCGUAUCUGCCGCUUACUUAAACACCCCAACAUUGUGCGGCUACAUGACAGCAUCUCAGAGGAGGGAUUCCACUAUCUAGUCUUUGACUUAGUCACUGGUGGUGAGCUGUUUGAGGACAUUGUUGCCAGGGAGUACUACAGUGAAGCUGAUGCCAGUCAUUGCAUUCAGCAGAUCCUAGAAGCUGUUCUCCAUUGCCACCAGAUGGGCGUGGUCCACCGGGAUCUUAAGCCAGAGAAUUUGCUGUUGGCAAGCAAGUUGAAAGGAGCAGCAGUCAAACUGGCAGAUUUUGGUCUGGCCAUAGAAGUGCAGGGAGACCAACAGGCAUGGUUUGGUUUUGCCGGUACUCCAGGUUAUCUGUCUCCAGAGGUUCUAAGGAAAGAUCCUUAUGGUAAACCUGUGGACAUGUGGGCAUGUGGUGUAAUCCUCUACAUCCUCCUGGUUGGAUAUCCCCCCUUCUGGGAUGAAGACCAGCACAGGCUCUACCAGCAGAUUAAAGCUGGAGCUUACGAUUUCCCCUCUCCAGAGUGGGACACUGUGACCCCUGAGGCCAAAGACCUGAUCAAUAAGAUGCUUACUAUCAACCCUGCCAAGAGAGUCACUGCCACAGAUGCACUCAAACACCCCUGGAUCUGCCAACGUUCCACUGUGGCUUCCAUGAUGCACAGACAGGAGACAGUUGAGUGCCUGAAGAAGUUCAACGCCAGAAGGAAGCUCAAGGGGGCCAUCCUGACUACUAUGCUCGCCACUCGUAACUUCUCAGCAGCCAAGAGUCUGCUGACCAAAAAGCCAGACAGUGUCAAAAUCAACAACAAGGCUAAUGUGGUCACCAGCUCCAAAGAGCCGGUCCCCUCUGCUUCUCUGGAGCCUCAAUCCACUGUUAUCCACAACCCGCCGGAUGGAAAUAAGGAGUCCAGUGAGAGCACAAACACCACCAUCGAGGACGAGGAUGUGAGAGCCCGCAAGCAGGAGAUCAUUAAAGCGACGGAGCAGCUGAUUGAGGCCAUCAACAAUGGAGACUUUGAGGCCUACACGAAGAUUUGUGAUCCUGCCCUAACGUCCUUUGAGCCCGAAGCAUUGGGUAACUUGGUUGAGGGUACGGAUUUCCACCGCUUCUACUUUGAAAACGCCCUGUCUAAGAAACUGCCUAUUCACACCAUCCUGCUCAACCCCCACGUUCACCUUAUUGGAGAGGACGCUGCAUGCAUUGCCUACAUCCGCUUGACACAAUACAUUGACAGUAACGGCAUGCCUCGCACCAUGCAGUCAGAGGAGACCCGCAUCUGGCACCGCCGGGACAGCAAGUGGCAGAACAUCCACUUCCACCGGUCUGGAUCCCCCACCGUCCCCUCUAAGUGAGACAAAGUGCUUCAGCUUCAGACGCCCUCCACCCAACAGCAAUCAGCUAACAACAACCUGUAUAUCCCAAAGCACCCCCCCCCCUUCUGUUUACGUAUUUCUGCUGCUGCACUGUCCAUGUGUAAAGGCCAACUAAAGUUGGACCUGAGUUUUACGUGUGAGGAGGAUGUGUGGUGUUUAUAUCAGCAGCAUGUUUAUUACUCAAAGGUUUGGGGUUUUCUGCUUCCUUUAUAGUUCUGCUUUAGAUGGAUUUCAUAGAAGCAGCUUGAUCAUUCUAUCAUAUUUGUAAACAGAGCUGGUGUGUAGCUGUCUCUUUUUUUCUUCUAUCUCGCUGGAUGACCACAUAAACCUAAAUAAAUUUCAAGCAACAAAACUUUACUGGUCCUGAGAAGAAAGAUGUUUUCUUAGGACCGUCUACGUUUACACUCAUUUUCAACUUGAAUUUUUUCACAGGAAUUUCGUUGCCAGCAAUAAAUCUUACUAGUUUUUGAUUUGGUUUUUAUCCAAUUCUUCUAUUAAUUUGGAUCAAUAAAGUUCAGAGAUAGUGAGUUUUUUUUUUUUUAUUAACUGGUCAGAAUUUACAGUCUUUAAUAUAUAUAUAUAUAUAUAUAUAAAAUCUUAAAAGAAACAAUAAUGGCUCAUUUUUGCAAAGCAGAACUUUAGAUUUUAGGUAAUUUAGUUCUCUUCCCUCCAAGCUCAGCAGAUCUUUUGAGGUACGGUAAUGAUAGUUCAAACAGAAAAUCUCUGCUCUUCAAAAUUCAAGUUGAUGCUUCUGUAUUGAAUCUGCAUGAGCAAAGUAAACCUGUCGUGAUGUAAUUACUUUUAGUCACAAGGACCAAGAUACAGUUGUGGUUCAUUCUGAUAUACCAUUUUCAGAAAGGCCAUUUAGCUGAAUUCAGACAGAGGCUUGCUUUAUUUGGUUUGUAUGAAUGUUCGGUGUUAUUUUGUUUACUUGUUUUUAGAAGCAUUUAUAUCUUAGAGAAUUUAUAUUUUUCACUGCCAGCUAUAUUUUCCAGGAUUUUUAACAGUUCAGAAAGAACACCUGAUGUGUUGGGACUUCCAUGAUCACAGAGGAGUCUCUUAUGAGAGAAAUGUGUCAAAUGUAGAAGCAGUUCUAAGGCUCUUCAGUGACUCUUGAAAGCCAGACCAUUUUUCUACAGUAAAGGGACAGUGAUGUGAAUUUCUUGUUAACAUUUUAAGUUGUAUAUUGACGCUUGUCCCUCCUCUUUUUUCUUGUGACUCCUCCCACACAUUUAGCCAGUGUUGUCCUGUAGCAUGUUGUCCACAGUGUUGAUCACAUCCUAGAUGAUCUUUGGAUGAAGGAGUUUACUCUUCAACAUCACCUGCUGGAUAACUAAGCACCACAUAUCAUCAUUGUUCUUAAUCUGUUUCACUGCAACUUAGUUUCCUUUUCACAAGAGGCUUCAAGUGCUUUUCUUUAGCGACACAUCUCAGUGGAAACAUGUAUUCUAGAGUCAAAAUUGGGAAUAAAGAAAGUUGAAUUUUUAACUGCAAUUGUUUUCAUUUGAUUUGACUGUUAAACAAGAGUUUGAAAAAGUGUACUUGGUCCAUUCAUGUUUUUUUCCCUCACCAUCCACUAAGACGAGAUUAAAUGAUGCGACAAGGAAAUAAUGAAUAAAGUGUUUGAUCUAU